AUGUAUAUAUGCUGUUUCAGUGGUUCUGCUUGUUCAAGUCACCAGUUUCAAUCAUCACUUGAAGAUUAUUUGAGAUAUGAAUAUAUUAAUGAUGAACAACAAGGGUUUUGGAAACAUUUAUGUUUCACAGGUAAGACUGAUGAAUCUAUGUACACAAUUAAUUUAACUAAUAAUCAAACAACAACACCGGCAGAUUCUUCGUUAUUAUUACUUUUACUGUCAACAUAUGAUGAUAGUCCAUUACUUGAUUUAUUAUUCCAUAUAACUACUAAACGAAAAUAUGAAGAUAAACAUUCAUAUGUAUAUGAACAAAUUAAUACUACACCAAACUCGGAAAUAUUUUAA